AUGUCCGGUCCUUACGAUCAAUACUCCCAGCAGCAAGGCUACGGCCAGGGCCAGGGUCAAUACCAGCAGGGAGGAUACCCCCAAGGCGGCUACGGACAGCAGCCUUACUCUAACCAGCAAUACGGCCAGGAGUAUGGCCAACAGCAUGGUCAGCAACACAGUCAAUACGGAGGCUCUGGUGACUACUACAACCAGCAGCGCGAUUACAACCAGGAUCAGUACGGCCAGCACCAGCAGAGCCAAUACGGCCAACACGGCCAACACGGCCAACACGACCAGUACGGUCAACAACACCAAGGCCAGGGGUCAUACGGGCAGCCUGGCUACAAUGACCAGAACGCUCCCGGUGGAGCCCAAGAGGGCGAACGAGGACUCGGCGGUGCUCUCGCAGGCGGUCUCGCGGGUGGAUUUGCAGGCCACAAAGCUGACCACGGUAUUCUCGGUACCAUCGGAGGCGCCAUCAUGGGAUCCGUCCUGGAAGACGCCGUCAAGAAGCACAAGCACAAGGAUGGUUCCUCCGGACACGGCAGCUACGGUGGCUCUCAGUACGGAAGUCACCAAGGCCGGCCUGGUUCGUCAAGCGGUGGUGGUCUGAUGGAUAACUUGGGCGGCUUCUUCAACAAGAAAUAA